GGUGCUGGUGGUGUGUGUGUGUGUGUGUGUGUGUGUGUGCGUGUGUGUGUGUGUGUGUGUGUGCACACGGGUGUGUCCAUGUGCAUGUAUGUGUGGGAGUACGUGCGUGCGUGUGUGUGCAUGUGCGCAUGUGCAUGUGCGUGUGUGAGCACAUGCACGAGUCGCAGCUGGAGUCGCAGGAGUUGAAGCAGCAGGUGCAGCCACACGCCUCGCAUCUCCUUGUGCUCUCCACCAUCUCUGCCUCCUCGCCCUCCGCACCCCUGCCGCCCAAUCCUUUGGACCUCAGCAACAGCCCCCCGCACCCUGCAGCACAGGCACCAGCCCACCCUGCCAGCACUGCUGCUGCCGCCAUGCAAGCAGCAGGGGACCCUGCACUGGCAGGUGCCACAGCAGGAGCAGGAGCAGCAGCAGUGGGGGCAGGCAGUGCUGCAGACGUGGCAACAGCUGCAGCAAAAUCAUCAGCAGCGUCCGGAAACCGCGUCUCCUCUUCAGCCCAGCCCCAUGUGCUCCCUCACUCACUCCCCUCCCUGCCACCGUACCCUUCCCUCCCUUCCACACUCCCCCACUCCACCUUCCACUCCUCUUCAGCCUCUCCUUAUGAGUCGACUCAGCAAUCCCCUUCAGCCUCUCCCCACACCCCACCCCUCCCCAGCAGACCCACUCCUCCUCCCACUCUUCCCCUACCCCAGUCCAUCCCCGCUGCUUCUCCCCCCCCACUCUCCACUACCCCCCCUCCGGCUGGGCCCAACCCCCAAGCCCCACCUACUCCCGUGCAUAUGUCUGCUGCCACUGCCACUGCUGCUGCCCCUGCCUCGUCUCGUCCCGCCUCGUCCACCCCUGCUGCCAUGGCUGCCGUCCUCACAGGCAGUACUGUGCCGCCCUCUGCUUCUCCCUCCGCCCCUCUGCCCCCUGCUGCCUCCUCCUCCGCCUUCCGUGCCUCUGCUCUCGCCCCACCCGCCAUACCCACUACUGCCCCUGUCUCUCCUGCUGCCCCCUCUGCUGCUGCCACUGCCACUCGCACUACUGGGACUGCUGCAUAUGGUAACCAGGCUGCCAUGGUACAUGGUAACCAGGCUGCCAUGGUACACGGUAACCAGUCUACCAUGUCACAGACUGCCAUGGGACACGGCAACCAGACUGCGACAGCACACAGUAACCAGACUGUUAUGGCACAUGGUAACCAGAGUGCGUUUGCACAUGGUCAUGCGGGAAGCAUGGCGGCAGUAUCCAUGCAUGCACAUGGCCGCUCAUCUCCCCAUGGGGUGCCUCAUGCCUAUGCUGCUCCACAUGCUCAUGCCCAUCCACAUCCCCAUGCACACGCAUACAACCAUGCGUACGCCCACGCUCACAUGCAUGCGCACACCCACGGCCACAUGCCGCAGUCAGCCGUGCCGUUCUCCCAGUCGCCUGCGCAUGCGCGCCCCCAUGCCACCGCCCCGCCAAUGGCCGCCUCGCCGCACGCCCCCCGAGGACUCCUACCCCUGCGCUUGGGGCGAUGCCAGAAGUCUGUCACGAGUGCCGCAGCACAGAGGGCCAGCCAUGCGCCAGCAGCAACAGCAGCAGCAACAACAACACCAACGGCAGCAGCAAGCAGCAGAAGCAGCAGGCAUCACCAACAGCAGCAGCAACAGCAACGGCAACAGCAGCAUCAGCAUCAGCAGCAGCGUCAGCAGCAGCAUCAGCAACAGCAACAGCAGCAGGCAUUUCCAGCAGCAGUACCCCCAUAGGCCAGGGCAUUCUCAACCUGCCAGCAGUUUAGCA